AUGCACUUCUCCGUGGCCGCUGCCCUCCUCGCCUUCUCGUCGAUCAGUGUGACCUACGCUGCCCCCGUCGCGAACUCUGAGAAUGAUAUUGUCCGUCGCACAGCCGAUUAUCAAGUCGUCAACGUCGAUGGAGAAGAGCCCAGUUCCGCCGCCCCCGAAGUUCAGACUGUCACUGCAACAAUCAAGUCCGAGGCUACAGUUGCCGGGGCCACAGCUGAGGUCUUGACUGUCACCGUCACUGCUACUCCCUCUAGCACCCCAAUUUCAUCAGCCGUCCCAAGCGGGCCCCCUCGCUCCCAUGUUCCUCCUCCCCCGGGCGGGUCGUUCUUCCCUAAUCCGGAUUCCAAGAGCUUCUUUCGUCGUGGGCUGAGGGCUGCUGGUGACCCGCUCCAGUUUGCACGCAGCUACACCCCAUCUCCGAGCGGCCCGGGACCCGUUUCUGCGACUCCUUUGGCUGCUCGUAAUUUUGAAGGCUGGUACUCUUCUCCCAUUGUCACGCCAUCCGCCAGUGCUGCUCCUUCUAUUCCUUUGGUUGCUCGGCAAUUCGGUUCUCAGAGCCUCGCCACGGUACUGCCCUCGUCUGCCAGCUCCAUCCCGGCUGGCUUUUCUAUCCCUAUGGUCGCUCGUGGCUUCUACGACGCUUCUUCGAUUGCGACUCCCUCUGCCACUGCCAGUCCUUCUGCUUCUUUGAUUGCUCGCCAAUUCGGUAACCGGAAGCCCGGCGCGGAGCUGCCCUCAUCUCCCAGCUCUAGCUUCGCUGGCUCCCCCACCCCUGUCAUCGCUCGUGACUUCUAUGAGGCUUCUUCCAGUGCGCCAUACCCCAGCCUGAGUAGCCCAGCUGGGCCUACCCCUCUUGUUGCACGCCAAUUCGGCAACCAGUACCAACCGGGUGCUUCGGGUUCGACUACACCUUCCGCUAGCUUCAGCCCUUCUCCCUCCGUUUCUUCUAUUCCUUACUAG